AUGUACGCUGACGAACACACACUUGUUGCCUUGUGUGCAGACAUCCAUGCCUGUGCUGCGGCAAUGCGACCGCUCUUGUCUCUUGUUGUCACAUGGGCUGCCGAGCACAGCCUAAAAAUCAACGUCGCUAAGAGCGAAGCUGCUCUAUUCCACAUCUCUUCACACACACACACACGGUCUGACGAGGACAUGGUCGAUCCCCAUCUUGUUAGCGGGAACCUGCGUAUUCAGUCACGCCCAGUGCGCUUGCUGGGCAACACGUUUGAUCGACUUCUUAAUUGUGUUACGCAUGCUUCCACCGCUGCAAAGAGGGCCAUGCCACGCCGCUAUCAGCUGCGUCUGGUCGCAGAGGCGGGCGCGUCCCAUCACACCAUGCGAUCCUUUUUGAUUGGAUGCGUUCAUAGUGUGCUAUUUCAUAAUGGCGAGGCAAUUGUCCCGUGA